UGCUGGUUAGAGGUGUUUACGCUCGAAGGGAACUAAGGACUAUGAAUGCGCCAGGAAGCAAUGGUCCGGAAGUGACAGAUUAUAUCGACCACGCCAUGAUGGAGGCGGCCCUGAAGAGACAUUUGUCCUGUGGAACCAUCACCGUGGAGUCCAUCGCGGUGGAGCCGGCGAACAAGGCUGGCGCCGGCUACGGCAGCCAGAUGUCCAGGGUGAGGGUCGCCUUCAGGAAGGGCGAGGAAGAGGCGACUCAGCAGCUGCCGUUGGUCGUGAAGGCAGACGUUAUCACGGCGGAGGAGAGGCAGAAGGGGGAGGUGAAGUGGGACAUAUUCAAGUUGGAGGCGCUGGUGCUGGCCGAGGUGAUACCCACAGCCCACGAGGCUCUGCGGCGGGUGGAGGGCGCGUCUUUCCGGCCACUGGCGGCCACGUGCCUGCACCACGGAGCCAAACCCAGGGGCUUCCUCGUGCUGGACGACCUGGUGGCGGCCGGCUAUCGACUGGCGGACGAUGGUCGACUUCUCGACUACCAGCACUGUGAGUUGGUGAUGCGAGCUUACGCUCGCCUCCACGCCGGCACGGCCCACGUGCUCAGCAAGAGCCCCGAUUACGGUACUCAACUCAAUAUGGAUUUCUUUUCUGGCGACGGCAUGCAGUUUAUAUUGCGGCCAAUGAUGCAAUGUAAUUUUUCUGCUGUCGCCGAUUUCGUGAAAAAGGUUCCCGGCUAUGAGCGCUACGCGGACAAGUUUGCGGGACUCGCAGAUACAUUGUUGCCUUUAAUGACCGAGGCGUUGAAGAAAAAAGUGCAAGAUACUAAGCUUAAGGUGCUGGUUCAUGGCGACAGCUGGAAGAACAACAUGAUGUUCAAGUACUCAGUAGGGGAGGUUGCUGAUGUACGGUUAGUAGAUUUUCAGCUGGUGCACGUGUCCAGCCCUGCACGCGACCUGGUGUACUUCCUGUCCGCAAACGCUGGUGUGGACGUGCACGAGCGCCUGCCUUCGCUGCUAGAGACCUACCACUCACAGCUUCAGGCGUCGCUGCGCGCGCUUGGGAUGGCAGCUGCUGCGGACGCCUACCCGCUGGACGAACUGCUCAGGGACAUGGAGGACCUGAACCCCUUCGCCCUGUACACUUCCACAUUCUGCGGUGUCGUGGUCUCCUCGGAACACAUCGGAGAGAAAUACCAGAGAGCAUUGCGGGAACUCAAUUUUCAGCCGGACACGUUGUACGGUAUCUAUGACAACGAACACUGCCGGGCCUACAUACAGUACACCAUCCGCCACUUCGAGAGUAAGGGGCUCCUGUGAAUAAUGGCAACUAUAUGGUGCGAUACUACAGUACGAUUGAUAUAGCAUAAUAGCUUUUAUACUUAUCGCACCAAAAUUUGGCACGGUACUAUAGCGAUUGCACUCAUUCGGAAUGAAGUAAUUCUUAACAUAACCUUAAACUGCGAGCGUAAUAAGCUCGGUUCAGCGUGUCACAGAAUAAAGGUUGUUUUUCCCCACAUGACAGCAAUCCGUCCCACUGGCUAUAGUUAAGUGGAUUAAUACAUCGUUUUAUUUUGUAUUCACCGCUAUUGAGCAGUUUUGGAUAUGUACUCAUUUUCAAGUAGUAGUACAGUACAAUUCAUGUAUAUAUUCUACACUCUUACGCUUCUAAAUUGUAUACUGUGUUACAGCUGAUCUAUUUGGUGUCACCUCUACGAUUGUAAAUUCUGAGAAAUUCUCUACGUUUUUACCAUUUUAUGGCUUACCGAAUACUUCUACUCUGAAACAAGUACAUCCACUUCGUGGUUCAUACAAUACAACCAUUUGAAAUAGAUUACAAAGACGAAACUGCGCAGUAGAAGUGAAUUAAAAAGAAAAGGAUAUUUUAAUUCAGCUUAUAACCGCCAGUGCAACAGGUUUUUCUAAUUCAGAAAAUCUGUGUUGGCUGUGGACCUCAUUACAACUAAAAUAUUUUAAGGAAGUAUCUUUGCUAUGGCGUGUCGAGAGUAGCUGUUUACAUAGUAUUUACUCACUUGUUAAAUUUAUCAACUCUCGCUGUCGAGUUCUGUACUCAUGUGUUCAUUACUUUUUCACAUAACGUAAAUUUCAAGAAGCAGUGCGCAAAUAGAUUGUUGAGCUGCGUGCACUGUGUGAUGUACGACAAAUUAUGGAACAACAUCAAACAAAAAAAAAUGUAGGACACAUCUUACUUUCCGGGAAUUUCGGUUAAGUUUAUGCUAUUUAUUAGUGGUGCUGCUGUGGAAUGGCGAGUUGCACCUCAUCUUCAGUAUCAAUUUGCCCAGUGUCACUCAAGAAUAUGU